UAACUUCCAUUCCCUAUCUCCAAGCGGUCAGUGUUUAAGCAGUGACAGCAGCUCUCUCAGAAACUCUCUGUCUCCGGUGGCUUUUCCGGCACUUCAACUCACCAAAUCCACGUUCUCGAAAUACCCUUUUGCUCUGUCCCCCAAAGACUCCAACUUUUUCGGAAAAAACCACUAUAAAUGCCAGGCUGUGAGUCCUGAAAGUUCUGAGGCGCGUUGGAGAUAUAAGCCGGUAUGGACUGCGUUGCAGCAAUGACGGCGUCGUUUUACCCGACCUGGAGGGUGAGGAGAAGAGGAGGACUGGUGGGUGGAAAGGAAGGUCCUUUUUUCCGGUAUGGUUUGUGCAACAAGGUUUCUCUGCUGCGAGUGAGAGCGAGUGCAGGAGGCGAAGGGGGCGGUGUCGGCGUGGUGGUGAAGGAAGGUUUUGCGGACGAGGAGGAUUUCAUGAAGGGCGGCGGGCCGGAACUGCUCUUAGUUCAAAUGCAGCAGAAAAAGGUCAUGGAGAAGCAGUCCAAGCUCGCUGACAAGCUACCGCCAAUACCAGUAGCAGAUAGUGUUCUGGAUUUGGUGGUGAUUGGUUGUGGUCCGGCAGGACUUGCUCUGGCUGCAGAAUCAGCCAAGUUGGGAUUAAAAGUUGGGCUUAUUGGCCCAGAUCUCCCUUUCACAAACAACUAUGGUGUUUGGGAGGAUGAAUUCAAAGAUCUUGGACUUGAAGGGUGUAUUGAGCAUGUUUGGCAGAACACAAUUGUGUAUCUUGACGAUGAUUCGGACCCCAUUAUGAUCGAUCGUGCUUAUGGUCGUGUUUGUCGAGACAUGCUACAUGAGGAGCUCUUGAGAAAGUGUGUGGAGUCAGGUGUUUCGUACCUCGAUUCAAGGGUGGAAAGUAUUGUUGAAGCUAGCAAUGGGAUUAGUCUUGUAUCCUGUGGCCACAAUAUUGUUGUUUCGUGCAGGCUUGCUACUGUUGCAUCAGGAGCUGCUUCGGGGAAGCUUUUGCAGUACGAGGUGGGUGGUCCAAAGGUGUCCGUCCAAACAGCAUAUGGUAUCGAGGUUGAGGUGGAAAAUAACCCAUAUGAUCCCGAAGUGAUGGUUUUCAUGGAUUAUAGAGACUACAAGAAACAAGAAGUUCGGUCUUUAGAAGCAGAAUAUCCAACGUUUCUUUAUGUCAUGCCCAUGUCUCCGACUAGAUUGUUCUUUGAGGAAACUUGCUUGGCUUCUAAAGAAGCCAUGCCUUUUGAUUUAUUGAAGAAAAAGCUCUUGUCACGGUUACAGACAAUGGGAAUCCGUAUUACAAAAACUUAUGAAGAGGAAUGGUCUUGGAUUCCGGUUGGUGGCUCCUUACCAAAUACAGAGCAAAAGAACCUAGCAUUUGGUGCUGCUGCUUGCAUGGUACAUCCUGCCACAGGAUAUUCAGUCGCAAGGUCUUUGUCGGAGGCUCCAAAAUACGCUUCUGUGAUUGCAAUUAUUUUGAAGCCAGAUCAUAAUAAGGCCAUUCACCGCAGCCAAAUAAGUAAUGAGAACAUCUCGAUGCUAGCAUGGAAUACGCUCUGGCCGCAAGAAAGGAAACGCCAAAGAUCAUUCUUUCUUUUCGGACUAGCGCUUAUUCUGCAACAGGACAUCGAGGGCAUCAGGAUAUUCUUUCACACUUUCUUCCGCUUACCCACCUGGAUGUGGCAGGGUUUCCUCGGCUCUACAUUGUCCUCGGCUGAUCUCAUCCUUUUCGCGUUGUAUAUGUUUGUUUUAGCACCAAAUAACUUGAGAAAGAACCUCGUCAGACACCUACUUUCUGAUCCUUCCGGAGCCACUAUGAUUAGAACCUAUUUCACAUUCCCGUCCUCCGGCAUAAUAACACAGUUUAGAGUACCCUAAGAGAUGAGGUCACUGCCUACUUUUGAAGGUCACUGUUUUUUUUUGGUGUAAAUAGUACAAAUGUGUGUUCCUUUGUUACCGUUUAGAUUACUAAAGUGUUCCUAAAAGGGGUUUCAAUAUGUAUCGAGAUGUGAUUAGCAAUGUGGUAAAUAAAGGUGGUUCGUGUGGAUCCGA